AUUCGACUGUUUUGCCAAUCGAAGACGCCUGCGCGAGGCUCCCGGAGCAGGACGCCGGCGGCAGGCUGACGGAGUACUCCAGCUGCGGUCGCUCUCUGGAAGCACCCCGAUUCCCUCGUCUUUCCGAGGGCUCAGGAUUCCUACAUAAUUCCGGAAGUACGUGCUCUACCCAACUUCCUAACUAAUCCCUCUCAUUUUAUUUGAUUUUUCACGAUGCGCUUGGACUCCGCGUCUCUGGAUCGAAACAAGGUUACAACGCUAAGACGCUGUGUAGCACAAACCUAGAAAGAGAAGACCCCGCAGGAGACGCGAGACCAAACCGCGAGAACUGCGAGACCGCAAGCUGUUCCCGUGGUAACCGUAGGUUCUCGCGAGACAGGUCUUGCGCCUGCGCAUUAAAGCUUGAAUGCUGCCCGAAACUUUGAGCUCCAGUCCUUCACCUAAGGUCCUUAAAGAUGGGUCCUUGCCUGCUCGGUGCAACGCUGAGGGCCGACUGCCCCCUUAGGGUUUUCAAAAUGGCUGCUGCCCCUCAAGCACCAGGAAGGGGUUCUGUUCGUAAGACCAGGCCUCUGACUGUGAAGACUUCACUGAACAACCCAUUCGUCCUCUGCUGGAGCACCCUAGAGAGAGAGGACAUGAUGUUCAUAUUACAGACGCUUGAGGACAGGUUCAGAUCUGUUGGACUUCAGAAAAUAGAGGAUAAAAAGAAAAGGAAAAAGCCACUUCUUAUAAAAGAGCAAGGUAGAGAAAAAUGUGGCCUAGACAUUGGUUUGAUUGAGGACCUGAAGGAGGAAAAGCCCGAUGCUGACCAGCAGGCUUCAGGGUGGACAUCUGUGCAUGUCAGGAAGCAGCUCGCCCUUGGCGUUAAUGAGGUCACCCGGGCCCUGGAGAGGAGUGAGCUGCUCUUGGUGCUCGUGUGCAAGUCAGUCAAGCCUGCCAUCAUCACCUCACACUUGAUCCAGUUAAGUGUAAGCAGAUCUGUUCCUGCCUGUCAAGUUCCCCGGCUCAGCGAGAGAAUUGCCCCUGUCAUUGGCUUAAAAUGUGUGCUAGCCUUGGGGUUUAGAAAGGGCACCUCCGACUUUGCAGAUGAAGUAAGAGCUAUCAUUCCCCGAGUGCCAAGCUUAAAUGUACCAUGGCUUCAAGACAGAAUUGAAGAUUCUGGCGAAAGCAUAGAGAUGGAGUUGUUGGAAGACCAAGACAAAGAGAUUUUGGAUACUUCAUUUGAAGACCUCUCAAAGCAUAAGAGAAAAUUUGCUGAAGGGAAGCUGGGUUCUGCUAUAGCAUUACAACCACUUAAAAUAAAGAAACUAAUUCCCAACCCUAACAAGAUAAGGAAACCACCUAAAAGUAAAAAAACUAUUUUGAAGUAAUCUUGGAGAAAUCUGACAUUUUUAUAGAAGCCUUAAAACAAAGUAAGCUACAUAAAAUUUGCAUGUAUUGUUGGGACCUGGUAUAGCCAUGUCCCUUUAAGAUGUGUAAUACAAGUCUUCCCAACUGUGGCACAGAUAUGCUGAAGCUUAAAUACACUUAAGUUCAGGAAAAAAAAAAAAAUUAAAAUGAGUAUCAAAAGAAAAGUUUAUUGAAACUAAUAUCCAUGCUCUUGUAAAUUUAUUGUUUUAAAGGCUGGUACACUGCUUGUUAGCAAGAACAUCUGUGUCCUACAAUACUUAACAGUUUUCUGCCAAAUUUGGAAAAUGGGCCACGUGGUCCUAGAAGCUGGGUCAGUGAAACAACUGGAGCAGCAGUAUCAUUUUAAAGGAAAAAUAAAUGCAAGUAAUACAUUGUUCUCAGAAGCAGUAUUUUUUUUCUUAAG